AUGGUUCUCAAGCUCUAUGCAGCCAACCGCGUCGGUGGAGGCGGGGCUCUGGUUGCCAUCGUUCUGGCUGCGAAAGGGAUUGCUUUCGAAUUCGUGCCCACCGAAGUUUCUGCUGUUGGGCCGAAGUCCCCCGAGCUGCUUCGAAUGCAACCGUUUGGCCAGGUCCCAGUGAUAGACGAUGAUGGAUUUAUCCUUUACGAGUCCCGCGCAAUCUGUCGCUAUAUCGAGAACAAGUAUCCCGGUCAAGGGCCCAAGUUUGUUCCAGAUGCUGGUGACGCGAGAGGAUUGGCUAUCUUUGACCAGGCAAUGUCUGUCGAGAUGUGCCAUUUCUACCCAGCUGUGUUAGCGGUGGUCGAGGAAGUCGUUUUCAAGCCUCACUACGGACAAAACACUGAUGCUACGGCCCUUGCGGCAGCGGUCAAAUUAUUCGAAGCCAAGUUGGACGUCUAUGAAGUCAUUCUCAGCAAGCAAAAAUAUACGGCUGGAGAUAGCCUUUCUUUGGUCGAUAUAUUCCAUCUAACCCACGCCCCUUUGCUUGCUCGUUAUGCCAACAUCCAUGUCUUGACCGACAACAAGCGACCACACGUUGCAGAGUGGUGGAAGAACCUCAUAUUGCUUCCGGAAUGGGUCGAGCUUGAAGCACAGGGUGGUAUUGUGUCCAGAAAGAACAUUUAG